UGACCCCCCGUUUCCCCCCCAGGAGCCGUUUGGACCGGGGACAACACGGCGGAUUGGGAACAUCUCAAGAUCUCCAUCCCCAUGUGCCUCAGCUUCGGCCUGGCUGGGCUGGCCUUCUGUGGGGCGGACAUCGGGGGAUUUUUCCAGAACCCUGGCCCGGAGCUGCAGGUCCGUUGGUACCAGGCCGGGGCGUUCCAGCCGUUUUUCCGGGCCCACGCCCACCUGGACACGGCUCGAAGGGAGCCUUGGCUGCUGCCCCCGGAGCACCUGGAGCCGGUGAGGGCGGCCCUGCGGCGCCGUUACGCCCUCCUGCCCCUCUGGUACUCGGCCUUCUACCGCUGCCACCGCUCCGGCAUCCCCGUCAUGAGGUCGGGCACCCCUGGAAACCCCCCGAAAACGCUCUGA